AUGGCUUCACCCACAACAAGAAACUUCCUCAUCACAGGCGCCGGCCGAGGCAUUGGCCGCGGCCUCUCCCGCCUGCUCCUCCAACGAGGCCACCGAGUCCUGCUCGUCGACUACAACGACGAAGAACUAACCCACACCACCUCCCAGCUCUCCCAAACCCACAAAGCCGGCGCGGACUUUGACUCUCUCAACUGCAAUGUCCGCAGUCCCUCCGACAUCCUCUCCGCCGUGGAAAAGGCAAAGACUCUCUUCUCCGGCCACCUGGAUUGCCUCAUCAACAACGCCGCCUCAACAUCCGGCGUAGGAGGCACCCCGCUUUCCGCCCUCUCGCUCGCCGACUGGAACACAUCCAUCGAAACUAAUCUCACCGCUCCAAUGCUCAUGUCGCAAGCCUGUCUGCCUCUGCUGCGCAAAUCCCCCGCCCGCCCCCACGGCGGCAGCAUCGUGCACAUCUCCUCCACGCGCGCCGUCAUGAGCGAGCCGCACAACGAGCCCUACUCCGCCACCAAGGCCGGCUUGCUGGGCCUCUCGCAGGCCAUGGCCGUCAGCUUGGCCGAGGACGGGGUGCGGAGUAAUGCCUUGUUGCUAGGCUGGAUCAAUGUGACGAACGAGUGCAAGGAUGCUGACGCGCGGGGUCAGAAGUGGGAGGAGGGCUUGACGGCCGAGGAUCAGGCGUGGCAUUUGACGGGGCGCGUGGGUAGAGUUGAUGACGUCCUUCGCGCGGUGGAGUAUCUCGUCGAAGCCGAAUUCGCGUCCGGCACGGAAGUGGUGGUGGAUGGCGGCGUGACGCGGAAAAUGGUGUACCCAGAGUGA